AUCAAAUAGAUAGAGAGAGGUUGUUCCGGUUUUCCGUCAAUUGAGAGGGUGGGGACCUCUUGCCGGACCAUGCAAGGGGAUGAACCAGCAGGAGAAGACAAUUGCUCUAAGUUGUUGUUUGCCUGAGUAAUACUAAGGGUAAGAGGGCCAAAGCAACAAGGCAGAAUGGAAUUUUAAUGGAGUUGGUCCCUCUUGGCGGUAAAACCAGGUUGGUUGUUUGGUAGUCGGAAACUGGAAAUGUGAUCCCUCGGAUCGAUGUGAAAGUUAAAGAAAAAUGGAGGGUUACCACGUACAAAAUGGAUCGAGGUGGGAAGAAUCCUCAUGAUGCAGAUUCACAAGCUAAUACCCUCGAUACACUAAUAGUGUCAUGGGAGGAGGAGGAUCACAUUUUGCUCCCCCCACUGUCUUCCUUUCUCCCACCCCAUAAGGAUUGGUGACCAUAAUCGGAACAAGAACACCCAUUUUUUGUACGCCAGUUGAACCCAACUUUAGAGAUGUGUCUCCGAUGGCUUUAGUGAUUAAAGAAAGGGUCGUUGGGAGUAGAGAAUUCCACAGGUUCAAGAACUUGGCCCGAACUGAAAAAUGUAGGCGACAAGUCUUUGUUCAAACCGAUGCAGGUAGUGUGCUUGGCAUUGAGCUAGACAGGACUGACAAUGCACAAAACGUUAAGACAAAGAUGCAAAUGGCGCUCAAUGUGCCCAUUGAAGAGUCCUCUAUUACUUUUGGUGUCAUAAGCUUGAGCAAUGGCCUCAGUGUCGUCAAGAACGAUUCUCCACUUCGCUUAACCCACUCCCACAUGCACAGAAGUUCCUCCACACCUUGUUUCUCUUCCUCAUCAACCUACAAUGAUGUCAUGGAUCUUAGCCCUCCUUUGGAGAUUAUUGGGGGCUUGCAUUGUGGGCCUCACAUAAAGAAGCUCAUAAGAGAAGCUGUCAAAGCGAUGGAGUCAGGGGUGGACCCUGUGCCAGUACAAGGAGGUUUAGGGGGUGCCUACUACAUGAGAAACUUGGAGGAUGAGAGUAUAGCCAUUGUGAAACCCACCGAUGAGGAGCCCUUCGCACCGAACAACCCAAAAGGUCUUGUGGGUAGAACUCUUGGACAGCCCGGGUUGCAUCAAUCCAUUCCAGUCGGUGAGACGGGGGUGCGGGAGGUGGCUGCCUAUCUCCUAGACCAUGACUCCUUUGCCAAGGUUCCACCCACCAUUCUUAUAAAGAUUACUCACCCUGUGUUCCAUGUUAGGGACAGGAAACCAAGGACAAUAAGCAAGAUUGCCUCGUUCCAGCAAUUUGUGGCCCAUGAGUACAACGCAAGCGACCUUGGGUCCUCAAAAUUCUCUGUCUCGGCUGUCCAUAGGAUUGGUAUCCUUGAUGUAAGAAUACUCAACGCAGAUCGCCACUCCGGUAAUGUACUGGUGAAGACACACAGAUCCAGCUUAAACAGUUAUAACAGGUGCAUAGACGUUGGUGAGGGUUAUGGGCUUGUACCUAUAGAUCACGGUCUCUGUUUGCCACAGGCUCUUGAGGAUCCUUAUUUUGAGUGGCUCCAUUGGGCACAGGCUUCUGUCCCUUUUGCUGAUGAGGAGCUUGAGUACAUAAGAAAAUUGGACCCAUUCAAAGAUGCUGAUAUGCUAAGAACUGAACUGCCCAUGUUGAGGGAGGCCUCUCUAAGGAUAUUAGUCCUUUGCACCAUCUUUUUAAAGGGGGCUGCUGCCUCUGGAUUGUGCUUAUCUCAUAUAGGGGAGAUGAUGACUAGAGAAUUUUGUGGCAUGGAAGAAGAGAGCCUAAGCCAAUUGGAGAUAUUAUGUAUUCAAGCAAAGGCUGACCUUGAGGGUGAGGUCUUGGAGGAGAUUAAGCAUAGUGCUGAGUUAGAGAAGGGAGAUUAUGAUUUGACUGACCACUUUCAAUUUGAAAUGGAAUUGGAAUCAGAACCUAUCUUGGGUCCCCCAAAAGAGAGCAGGAAUGGAGGGCUUCCAUGCCUUGUGGUUCGUUCUCCUAUUCAAUCUAUGUUUCUUAGUUGCCAUGGAGGGGUAACAUGGGAUGCUUUGCCAUCUUUGCAUGAGGGGGAUGAAGAAGAGGAGGAAGAUUCAAUAAAGAUUCCCAGCAAGUCACCUAGUUUAUCAUUAUCUCCUCAAGGGGGCACCUUCAAAGAUAGGAACCAGAGGCUUCCUAUUCAAGUAGGCAUGAAGAAGAAGGAAUUAAGAAGGUGGGGUCUCUCAUUAUAUGGGGUAAUGAUACCUGAGGUGGAGACUUCAGCCACUAAUUGUAUCUCUUUUGCUAGUCUUAGUGAGGAGGAGUGGGUUGCAUUUCUAGGAUGUUUUGAGGCUCUCCUGCCUGAGGCAUUUGAGUCAAAGAAGAACUCGAGCCUAAAGCAGGGGCUUGCGACUUCUUUCCAGUUCUGACUACUAACUAUUAUUGUGCUAGAUGACUAGGAGAUUAUUUCCGAAAGAUCACUCGUAUUGCACAACAUACUGUACAUUGUGUAUAGGAACUGUAUGCAUUGCUGAGAAUUGAUUAGUGCCUUCUCUCUCUUUUGUUUUCUCGAAUUUCAAUUGUAUCAUAUUUGUAACACUAAUUAAUCAAUGAAUUAAUUGUAUAUUCAGGAUA